AUGCGAACCCUCUUUUCAACAGAUUGUGUGAUCACCGACCGGGCCGGCGUGGUAGAAAAUCGACAUGGCGUCCACGCCGCCAUCGUUGACGCCCGCGGUCGCCUUUUGUUCGCCGUUGGCGAUCCUGCAAGGAUUACUCUCGUCCGAUCCGCCGCCAAGCCCGCCCAAGCAUUAGCGAUCGUUGAAACAGGCGCUUUGCAGAAAUUCAACCUUGACGAUGCCGAUUUGGCCCUGAUGUGUGCAUCGCACAACAGCGAAGACCGCCACGUGAGUCGAGCCCGAAGUAUACUAUCGACGAUACAAUGCCGCGAAGAGGACUUGCAAUGCGGCGGUCACCCCGCGGUCUCCGAUGUUGUCAAUCGUUCAUGGAUCAAGGCGGAUUUCACUCCAACAGCGGUCUACAGCAAUUGUUCUGGGAAACAUGCCGGGAUGCUCGCGGGGACGAAAGCUCUCGGCGCGGAUGUGGGAACCUACCAUCUACCUACCAACCCCAUGCAAGUUCGAGUGAGGGAAGCUGUGGAUGAAAUAUGCCAUCUUGAAGCCAAUGGAUCAUUAUGGGGAAUUGACGGGUGUAAUCUUCCAGCACCUGCUUUUCCCUUGCAUUGUUUGGCUCGUAUGUAUGCUGUCUUUGCCGAUGGAGCCAGUCAAGCAGUAUCUAACUACUCCGGGACGACUCCAAGGACACAGGCGCUAAGCCAGAUAUUCCAUGCAAUGUCUACAUACCCUGAACUUGUCGCUGGAGAUGAUCGUUUCUGUACGGUACUUAUGAGAGCGUUUCAAGGGCUGUUGAUUGGCAAGCUUGGCGCGGCCGGUUGUUAUGGAAUCGGCAUCAAGCAGACGGACCGGACCAGGGAGCUCGGGGCUGACGGCGGGCUUGGCAUAGCUGUGAAAAUCGAGGAUGGCAAUAUCGAGAUUCUGUACUCUGCAAUUACAGAGAUCGUGGAGCAGCUUCAAAUUGGCGAGCUGGAGAUGCGGCAGCAACUUUCUCGCUUCCAUUGUCCUGAUAUAAAGAAUACUGUGGGGAUUGUGACAGGGAAGACAUACCACGCAUUCAAAGUGCGCGCUGUGGGUGACAACGACCUUGCAUAG